CCCCGCCCCGCGCCCACGUCGCCAGUGAGGGGGUCGCAAGGGUGGAAUGAUGGACGACGGGCUGAAGUUGGUGCUGGUGACCGCGUUGCUGGUCGGGGUGGCGGCGAACGCGCCGCCGGUGCCGCUGAAUGAUGUGGUGGUGGAGAAGCGGUUCGAGCCACGGGAGUGCGUGCGGGCGGCGGAGGCGGGGGAUUUCGUCCGCUAUCAUUACUUGGGAACUCUGGAAGGCGGCCGGCGCUUCGACUCCAGUUAUGAUCGAAGUUCCACUCACGAUGUGUUUGUGGGGAAAGGCCGACUCAUUGCUGGGAUGGAUAAAGCUCUGAUUGGGAUGUGUGUGAAUGAAAGACGCUUCAUAAAGGUGCCCCCUCAACUGGCCUAUGGCAAAGAAGGAUUGUCUGAUACAAUUCCACCCGAUGCCACCUUGUUCUUUGAUGUGUUGAUGCUUGAUAUCUGGAACCCUGAUGAUAAGGUGAAGAUUGAUGUGCACUAUAAACCGGAGAACUGCAGUCGCCUGGUGCAGGUGUCUGACUUUGUCCGCUACCACUACAAUGGAACCCUUCUUGAUGGCACUCUCUUUGAUUCCAGCCACACUCGCCAGCAGACCUAUGACACCUACAUUGGAAUCGGCUGGCUGAUUCCAGGCAUGGAUGAAGGGCUGUUGGGCAUGUGCAUGGGGGAGAGAAGGACCAUCACCAUCCCCCCUUUCCUGGGCUACGGAGAUGGAGGAGAUGGAAAGGAUAUUCCUCCGCAAGCUACUCUAAUCUUCCGGGUGAAUUUGAUCGAUUUCCACAAUCCAAAAGACAGCAUAGCCAUUGAGCAGGAAUUUGUGCCCAAUCCCUGCCCCAGGAAGACUAAGUCAGGAGACUUUGUGAGAUAUCACUACAACGCCACCCUUAUGGAUGGCACUCUGUUUGAUUCCAGUUAUUCCCGGAAUCAUACCUAUAACACCUACGUGGGGAUUGGCCAGGUGAUUGCUGGAAUGGAAGCAGGGUUGCUGGAUGUGUGUAUUGGAGAGUGGAGGACCAUUGUAAUUCCUCCUCACCUGGGGUAUGGUGAAGAGGGUGUAAUUGGAAGUAUCCCUGGCUCUGCUGUCCUUGUCUUUCACAUCCAUUUGAUCGAUGCACACAACCCAUCCGAUAAAGUCGAGAUCCAAACCAACCAUAAGCCCAGCAACUGUACCGCACGAAGCAAGAAAGGAGAUUACAUCAAGUACCAUUUUAACGCCACACUAAUGGAUGGGACACGGUUAGAUUCAACUCACAACUAUGGAAAAACGUACAACAUUGUCCUGGGAUCUGGUCAAGUGGUCAUUGGGAUGGACAUGGGUCUCAGAGACAUGUGCGUUGAAGAGAGACGGACUAUCGUAAUCCCACCUCACUUGGGCUAUGGAGAGAGAGGGGUUGUGGGAGAGGUACCUGGCAGUGCGGUGCUUAUUUUUGAUGUGGAACUGAUCGAGCUGGUGUCCGGACUCCCGGAGGGUUACAUGUUUGUUUGGAACAAAGAGGUGUCACCAGACAUCUUCCAGGAGAUAGACAAGGAUGACAACAAGGAAGUCACUCCAGAAGAGUUCUCCAAAUAUAUCCUGGCCCAAGUGGACAGCGGUCAGGGGAAACUGGCUCCUGGUUUCUCUCCAGAGAAAAUCAUCGAGGACAUGUUCUCCAAACAGGACCAGAAUGGGGAUGGCAAGAUUACAGAUGAUGAAUUCAGGCUGAAGGAUAACUCCCAACACGAUGAGCUGUAACACCAAGGUUGCACAUCUGUGCUGCUAAUGAGUGCAGACUAAAGGGUUAACCUUUGGGUUCUCUAUCAUAUGUUCUAUUCCACAGUGUAGGGUAUUGGUUUAUUAUUGGGAUAAGUUAUCUCAAAACAUCAAUUCCCAAUUGCUCAUCCAUGACUGAAAGCGAUAUGUGUUCACAGAAUUCCUGAUUUUCCACAUUUUAUUUUAGUCAGUAUUUGAGGAAAUUAAACUCCUUCCCCUCUCCUGUCCCCUCAUGUUGUACACUCCAGAUUUGUCUUUCUUGAAAUCUAAAUUCAAUACAAUAAUAUCAACAUCCAUCAAUCUUGUGAUCAAGAAAACCGAAGAAUGUUACAAUAUGCAAGUAAAUAUCUUUUAACUUUUAUAUUCUAGAUAAUCCGGUCUGAUUAAAAUGUUACGAACUGUAGAUGCAAAAGCAUUACCCAGUGCCUUGUUCGCGCUUCCCCCUUUUUUGAAAGGUGAGAGGAUUAAAAUGAAACAAACAA